UCUGGUGUAGUAGGAAUACAGAGUCGUGCAGCUGGACGUCUAUGUUUCCACCAGCCCGCAUCCUCCCGUGCUCCACUGACUAUAGAUUAAUGUAUUCAUGGAGCUCGAAAAUCUCGCGGUGCUUCCAUUCAGACAUCUUGCAUGAUAUUAAAUCUGCCCUCGAAGGCUUAUUUAGCCUCAAAUAAAGGACAAAGGGGUCGUUAUAGUGGAUAGCAGAAAGGUGUCGAACUCUCCGGGAACCAGCGCCAUUGUGCUCCAGUGAGGCGGUGAGACCGAGCCUCGCGUGCCAGUCCUGCGGUGUUUAGUCGCUCUUUCUCCGGCUGCCCGGCCGUAUUGUGCGUCAUCUCCACUGCUGCUGCUCCUCUCUUGUUUUUUUUUUCUCUCUCUCUCUCCGGUGAGGAAAAAUGGCGACUCCCGCCGCGGUGAAUCCGUCUGAGAUGGGCAGUGAGUUGCCGGGGACAGUAGCGAUGCCAGGGGCAGUUGGAGGCGGCCAGGUGAGGAUGGGUGGAGCCGUGCUUGGCCGCGGGGGCAAAAGGAGGUCAGCAGGGAUGGACUUCGACGACGAGGAUGGCGAGGGGCCUAGCAAAUUUUCAAGGUAUGAUGAUGAUCAGAUUCCUGGUGCUGAUAAGGAGAGAUAUGCCAGAGAGAACCACAGUGAGAUUGAGCGACGCCGACGCAACAAAAUGACCCAGUACAUCACAGAGCUGUCCGACAUGGUGCCCACCUGCAGUGCUCUGGCCAGGAAGCCGGACAAGCUGACCAUCCUGCGCAUGGCGGUGUCACACAUGAAGUCCAUGAGAGGGACCGGCAACACGUCCACUGAUGGAGCAUACAAGCCGUCGUUUCUCACUGAGCAGGAGCUGAAACAUCUCAUCUUGGAGGCAGCAGACGGCUUCCUGUUCGUGGUGGCGGCUGAGACGGGCCGCGUCAUCUACGUGUCGGACUCCGUGACUCCUGUUCUUAAUCACCCUCAGUCCGAGUGGUUCGGCAGCACUCUGUACGAGCAGGUUCACCCGGACGACGUGGACAAGCUGAGGGAGCAGCUCAGCACGUCAGAGAACUCUAUGACAGGUCGGAUUCUGGAUCUGAAGACCGGUACAGUGAAGAAGGAGGGACAGCAGUCAUCCAUGAGAAUGUGCAUGGGCUCUCGACGGUCCUUCAUCUGCCGCAUGAGGUGUGGCAGCGCUCCUCUGGACCACAUUUCUCUAAACCGCCUGUCCAACAUGAGGAAGAGAUACAGGAACGGCCUUGGACCGUCAAAAGAGGGAGAAGCCCAGUACUCCGUGGUUCACUGCACCGGAUACAUCAAAGCGUGGCCCCCUGCUGGAAUGACAAUACCAGAUGAAGACACAGAGGCAGGACAGACAGGGAAAUACUGUCUGGUGGCUAUCGGGAGGCUGCAGGUGACCAGCUCACCGGUGUCCAUGGACAUGAAUGGCCUGUCGGUGCCCACGGAGUUCCUCUCUCGUCACAACUCAGAUGGCAUCAUCACUUUUGUGGACCCACGCUGCAUCAACGUCAUUGGCUACCAACCUCAAGACCUGCUGGGCAAAGACAUCCUGGAGUUCUGCCAUCCUGAGGACCAGAGUCAUCUGAGAGAAAGUUUCCAACAGGUGGUGAAGCUAAAGGGCCAGGUCCUGUCAGUCAUGUACCGUUUCCGUAUGAAGAACCGCGAGUGGAUGCUGAUCCGUACCAGCAGCUUCACCUUCCAGAAUCCUUACUCUGACGAGAUCGAGUACAUCAUCUGCACCAACACCAAUGUCAAACAACUGCAGCAGCAGCAGCAGGCUGAGCUGGAGGUUCACCAGAGGGAUGGACUGACUGCCUACGACCUUUCUCAGGUGCCGGUGGCAAGUGUGAGCAGUGGCGUCCACGAGGCUGGGAAGAACAUUGACAAGAGUGACACACUGUUCCCCCAGGAGAGAGACCCUCGCUUCGCUGAGAUGUACUCUGGCAUCUCUGGCUCUGGAGACAAGAAGAUGAUGGUGCCAUCGUCAACAGCAGGAGGACAGCAGCUCUAUUCUCAGAGCUCUCCUUUCCAGCAGGGACACUCGGCUAAAAGCUUCAGUUCCUCCGUCAUCCAUGUCCCCGGAGUCAACGACAUCCAGCCCUCCAGCUCGUCCAAUCAGAAUUUGGCUCAGAUCUCCAGACAGCUGAAUCCUGGACAGGUGGCGUGGUCAGGCAACAGACCCCCCUUCUCUGGACAGUCCAGUAAAGCUCAGACCAGCCCGUUCGGGAUCAGCACCGGCCACAGCUACCAGACCGACCCAGCCUCCUACAGUCCUCUGUCGUCGCCUGCCACUUCCUCUCCGAGCGGAAACGCCUACUCCGGCCUGACAAACCGCAGCACAGCUUUCGAUGUGUCCGGGGAGAGCAGUCAGAGUGGGGCGCAGUUCCAGGGGCGCCCCAGUGAAGUCUGGUCCCAGUGGCAGAACCAGCAUCACUCGCAGCAGGCGGGAGAGCAGCACACACACCCGAACCCGAGCCAGACGGAGGUCUUCCAGGACAUGCUGCCCAUGGCCGGCGAUCCCACCCAAGGAACAGCCAACUACAACAUCGAGGACUUUGCCGACCUCGGCAUGUUCCCUCCCUUCUCCGAGUGACCCCUCCACCUCACCCCCCGCUCAGCCUGCGCUCUCUCUCUUCCAUUAUUCUGGAUGAACUGGACUGAUGCUCGCACCGUUCAUUCUGUCUCAUCGUCUCCGGCUCAGCAGUACGGGCGCUCGGCCCGGCGCUGCUGAGCAGGGUGCAUCUGUACCUCAUCUCUGUGGACUCUGGAAGCUGCCCUGGUCAGCACGUGUCACUGUCGCGCUCUUCAGCAUCCUGAUGAAGCCGGCGGCGCAGAAGUUGUGCAGCUCCGAGGGCAGGAGGUUGGUCAUUUCUUACAUUGCCGGACGGGAGCGGAUCAGAGGCUGGUACCGUGGAAUAGCAGAUCAUACGACUGGAGGAUUUAAAUCUAUGAAAAGUUGAGCUUCGUGUUUAUUGUUUGCAGGACUGUUUGUAUUAAGAGGUACAAUAUUAUCUCUGCUGCGUGGCACUGGGCAGGAGCUAGUGCAGGUACUUUGUUAGCUAACAGAGUAGCAGCGCACUACAAAGUCAGGGCCAAAUCAGAAUGGUUAAAAGUACGUAAUUUCCCGACUAUAACAUGCUACUUGUUUCUCACAGUCUGAACUCUGUGGCUUAUACAGCGGCGCGGCUGAUAUAUGGAUUUUCCCAGGCUAAAGAGCCUCAUGCUGCCAAAAUAUUGAGCCUCCUCACAUCAAACCCAUGACAUCACAGGCGUUUUAUUGACCUUAAAGAGCUGAAAAUGCACUGUUUUCACCCGCGUGUCCGCAGCUCCGCCCACAGAGCCGAUCUCUUGGAGGAGCAGAGACGAGAAGCAGCAGCUGAGACCGGCUGUGGUGUCGGAACUUGGGACACAUUUUGAGCGCUUUAAUGUCAGUAAAAGAUGUGAGUUGAUGAUUCCAGUUCAGAACAUUGGCCAGUUUGUUUCAUGAGUCAGUCUCCAUGCUGGAGCCCAUUUUCCAAACUAGUUUAGAAGUAAUCCUCAUGUAUUUUUAAGCCUUUCUCCGGCGCAGACAGCAUAUGCGGCUUAUGUAGGAUUGUUUUCCUUCUUAAAUUUAGUGGGCGGGGCUAAUAUUCUGGUGCGCUCUAUAGUCUGGAAAUUACGGUAAAUGGAUGCAGUACACGUGACUGUGAAGGACUAAGCAACUGGUUCAGACUGCACAGACAGAUUUGGAUGUUUCCCUCCAACAUCAGUCUGAAGGAGAGCUUGAGAUGGCGUUGUCUCUUCAGCGUGAUGGAGUGCAGUUCACCGAGUGAACCAGGCGACGCACCUAGCAUCCAGCGUCCAGCAGCGUGCGAUGGCUGACUUCAUAUUUGCGUGAAACUUGUUAGCGCGAGGGUUCUCGAGUGCUCCAGGGACAGAAACCGAAGAGUGAGUGGCGCGUCCCAUCGGUCUUCCAAUUCAGCGUCCCUGGUGUCAGCGUCGGCGGAGGGUCAUUACUGACGGCGCCGAAUGGGAAAUGACCAAUCUCCUGCGGUUAAUGGUGGCAGCACCUGCAGAGAGCAGCCGCUCCAGCUCGACGUAAAUGACAAGACGUUAACACGAAGACCUCCAGUUUCUGUUGCCUCACGCCGCCUGUUGCACACAGUCUCAUCCAGCCGCCGCAUCAAGUGUAAACUUCAGCUCUGUGUGUGUGUGUGUGGACGUCGGUCACACUCGAGAAAAUCGAGUCCAAACAGAAGACCCUCAUCUCCGGCAGUUGCUAAGCUAACAGCUUCAAGUGCACUUCAUAACUGCUACUCUCACCAGCCUGCUUGACAAGGGAGAAACCGCCAUAACCGUUGAGCAACGCAGUAUUUAAUACUAGUCCUUUUGGUGUUCUUCAGCUAUUGCUACUUGACUUUAUUACUUUAUAAUCUUUUCAACUAUGAAUAACCUUCUUUCUUAGUGGGAGGCUUUUACAUGACAGAUUGUACCAGGUUGGACGGGAGAAGACUUUUGCUAAAGAUCUCCGGCGUUUUUUUGUAAAUAAAGUGAUUUUCUUGUUGUGUUUCUUUCACAUGGUACCUGUUUUUUGUGUAGCUCUUAAUACUAUUGUGUGCAAUGUGAGUACAUAUUUAACAAUGGAUAUUUAGUUCGUCUGGUCCUUGUACAUUCAGUUCUAGACUUGUACAAACUGUGUAAAUGUGACUCAUUAUUUUUGUGUAACAAACUGUGCUCGUGACAAUAAAUGCUUAUUGGGUAACCAGGCCUGACCUCACUUCUGCUGUGGAGUCCUCACUCUGCUCCGCCAUGGGCUUCAAAGUGAAGAAGAGAGGCGACUGUCAGGGGCGACCUGUGACAGAGGAGUGGCAGCUCUGCAGGACAGCAGUGAGAGCUGCCAUGACGGAAGCCUCAGAAUGGAGAAGCCCAGGUUUUCUAUGGGAGGAACUCGGAAGCACAGGAGUAGAAAUGAGCAUAUCGGAGGGACAGUUGAUGUGGAAGAAGAAGCCUGGAGACAAAGUCACAGGGGUCAGAUGUGGAGUCACUGGGAACAUGUUGGAGGAGGAAUGGAAAGGGAGGAAGACAACCAUUGAGGUUAAAGGACGAUGUGAGGAGGAGGAGAGGUCUGCAAGUCCAG